GCGACACUAAUGUUUUAUGCAUGAAGGACGUCCUCGAGUCCGGGAGUAUCUCGCGUAAAACCCGGAGUGGACGGAUAACCGUGAAUAGUUAAACCAACUAGAAGCAGAGCCGCUACUUAAUUUUUUUUGCUUGUUUCAGUGACCGCGUUUGUUUCACUCGACUGUGUCGCGAUAUUUUUUGAGGGCGAGGUUGGUCGGUUUGUCGUUGAGUCGAAGUGUUCUGAUGCUUCAGGCGGCGGGAUUUUGUGAGUGUCCGUGUUUUAAGCCCGUCGGUCCGGGCGGAGCUGCAGGCGGGCGGCUCGUGGCGCGCCGCGCGCUUCCCAGACCUGCAGACCGAAGCAAUAGGCUGCAUGAAGCUCGCGCACCGCCAUCUUGUUGGGUCUGAUCUACGUGCGUGGAAGAGUUCCUGCAAGGGGGAAUCUAGUUACAUCUUUUUAUAUUCUUCCACCGGCGAUAUUGUUUUAAUAGACGCAAGGCAAAAACGAUUUAGCUGUGUGUGUGGAACGUAGGUAAAACAGUAAGAUUUGAAGCAGAGAUGAGUAUCGAAACGCUUUUAGAGGCAGCCAAGUUUUUGGAAUUACAAGCCCUACAACAACAGAAAACACGUGAAGAGAAUGAGCUUCAGGAGAGGCUCCGCCUCGAGCAGGAGGCCGGGAAGCGGAGAGCAGAGGUGGCCUCCUACGUUCACCGAGCACGUGCCAGUCACGUGGCCCCAGCGGAGGGGUCGGCUCCGGCACAUCGGCACACCUCGGCGCCUGCCCCACCUCCCCCUCUCCCUGCCCACUCAAUUCCCAUCGCGGUCAUUCCCGUCCCCGUUGUGUCUUCAAACCCCUCCCCCAUGCCCACGGCCCCCGCAGAGGCGCUCAGCUCGCAGCCUGACGCCUGCCUCACCCCUCCCCGAAAGGACGCCCACUCAUCCCCGGCCCAUCAUGCUCUGCUGCAGGGCGCGCUCCUGUCCAAUCAGGCGAAGAUGUCGCCCACAUCACUGUCCCAAUUGAGUGGUGCCCAGCCGCUGCAGUCGUACCCCGGCUCCGUGGUCACAGCCUCCCAGCAUGCCCUGCUUCCCCAGGCAGGUCCGCCGCCAGCCCAGCCCAGUCCUGGAACCAAAACCAACCCCCUCGAUGACCACCGCUGCCUGGACAGCAAGAAACGACCUGGAGGGGCGGGCACACGGGAAGUGCAUAACAAGCUUGAAAAAAACAGACGCGCACACUUGAAGGAGUGCUUCGAGACCCUUAAGAAGAACAUCCCCAACGUAGAUGAAAAGAAGACCUCCAAUCUGAGUGUGUUGAGAAGUGCCCUAAGAUACAUUCAGACUCUGAAGAGGAAGGAGAAGGAAUACGAGCACGAGAUGGAGCGCUUGGCACGCGAGAAGAUCUCCAUGCAGCAGAGGCUGUCCGAGCUGAAGAACGAACUCAGCCAGUGGAUGGACGUGCUGGAGAUGGACCGAGUGAUGUGCCAGAACGCGCAGCCUGAAGACGACCAGGCGUCCACCUCCACGGCCUCAGAAGGUGAAGAUAACAUGGACGAGGACGCAGACCAAGAAGGUCUGAGCACGCCUGGCUCUCGGCCCAAAGCGCCUCACGCCCUGCCGCCCGAGACGUGGACGCCCCAGCUGACCCCACGCGUGCCCGACCCCUCGCAGCCUCCGCUUCCUCCUGCGCCCGCGGGCUCUGCCCCGGCCCAGCCGUCUGCGGCCUCCCUGUCCCCGACCCCAGCCCAGGCACCCGCCACGCUGCCCCAGCAGCCCCAGGCGCACACCCACGUGGUGGCCGCGGCCGGCGUCAUCGCACACGCCUCCGUCAUCCAGGCCGUCAACCACGCGGGCCUGGCGGGAGCCAAGCACGUCGCCCCGUCGCCGUCCAGCCCGGCCCUGCUGCCCCACGGACCUCAGCCCGUGGGGCACAUCGCGGUGCGCCCGGUGGCUCACCAGCCCUUACCCACCCUCUAUUCCCAGCCUGCCGCCAUGGCCCGCGCGCUCUCCCACGGGCAUGUGAACGGGGCUUCCACACCCAGUGCACAGGCCACCGCCCUGGUGGCCAAGCAGACAUCCCAGGUGGUCACCCAUCACUCACAGCUGGUGGGCCAGACUGUCCUCAACCCGGUCACCAUGGUGGGCUUGCCUGCCUUCCCUGUCAGCACACUGAAGCUGGCCUGAGGUGAUAGCCUGAUGACUCCUGCCCCUCGACCCUAAGGAGUGCGGAGCAGGGAAUGGAUUCUGAACUACUAACCCCCCCACAAACCAGUCACAUGCAGCAUUACGGGAGAUGACUCGGCACAUUCCAAAAUAAAAACAAAUAUAUCAAAAGACUCCCAAGAAGAAAAAAAAAUCUAUAUAAAUUUAUAACAAUCUAUAUCUAUGUAAUGAUAUAAGACAAAAAAGAUUUUGCAUUUUUGUGUGUGGAUAAAAAUCAGAGUGUGAUGUUCGGUGUUCUUUCGUGCUGGUGUGUGUGUGUGCGCACACGCACGUGCAUGUGACUGAUGGUGUCGAUGGAGCUUACAAGGGAACCUGUACCUCACUCUCUACUUCAUAUGAAUACUUUAUAUACUUCAUAUGAACCCUGUUUUGGAGGGUGUAGAUGUUAUUUUCCCAAGAUUCAUUUGAUGCUUUAUUUAAAUCAGGAGUGCCAGCAUAGGACCUGGUGGUGGUUUAACUGUUGGAUUGUUGGUGUAAUGAGUUGCUGUCAUGCCUUUAGCUGUGUUUUAUGACAUGAUAAAUUACUUGAGAUGCGCCCAUAUCAAAAGAAUAAUUCUGUAAUGGAUUUUUAGAGAACUUUAACAGAGCAUUUGGAUGUUUUCUGCCACUGUGUUUUUAAUUGUACUGGGGAGUCUGUGUCUGGCACUGAACAUGCUCCUUUAUUGCGCUGUGAUUGUGAUGUUUUGGACCAAGAGACUUUGGAGUGAAAACCUCGCUGGUGCCUUUAGCAGUGCCCUGUCCAAUGCUGCACAGACGCCCUCUGCUGUCCUCUUUCUGUAACUGCACUCAUCCGCCACAACAGCCAUUAGCCAAAUAAACAGCUGCAUAACCUUAAUUCUACUAAGCUGCACAAAUUGAGCUAGCACAGCCCGUCCAGAGAUUCUGAAUUCCAUUGUGAAUGUACUUUUUCCCGAAGCCACACACAUUCAAUGCCUUCAUUUUGUCCUUGCUAAUAAAUGUGAAUUUAUUAUCCUGACAGGAGCAAAUCUGGUAGUGUGUGGUCAUGCUCUGCACGUAGGCUGUGUGUGUAGUGCAUGUAUUCCAGAGUUCUGCCAACUUUCAAAGUUUCUUCUCCUGUUUGACUAAUGACUGGUUCGAGUGUAUUUGAUUUGGGCUUGUGAAGAUUAGUACUUUCAGUGGGAAUAAGGAAUGGGGUAGCAGAGCAUUUUCCAAAGCUCCAGUCAUGUUUAAGCUACAUGACCUUAAUUUACCUUCCUGUAGGAGAGGCAGGGUUGUGUGUGUGUGUGUGUGUGUGUGUGUGUGUGUGUGUGUGUGUGUGUGUGUGUGUGUGUGUGUGAGAGAGAGAGCGAGAUGCCACACGUCUCGCCAGCAGUGGCGCCCAACCUCUCCUGGUGAAGUAUUGGAACAGGAGUUCCCAGGUGCCUGACCACCCUUUUAGCAGCACGCAGCGACUGGUCCGGGGGGCUGGCAGAUGGAUCCGGCCCCCACCUCCAGUCAGGAUUGAUCUGAAAAACAUCCGUCACUGUGGUACUGCUCACACUCCUCGAGGUCACCCAAGUUUACAGAACGGUCCACACGGACCGUUUGACCACCCCAGCGAGCAGCACCCUCCCACUUGUUGUGUGUGAGAAGAACGUUACUUCGCUCGCGCUGAAGUAGCUGAUUUAGUUAAAGGUAAACAUCAUCUUCACCUCAGUACACGUUGCCCAGUUCGCCGGGUCUGGUUUUGCAUGUAGAUGAACGAUUCUUGUUUUAACGUUAGGGGUCCACAUGUUCACUAGUGGAUACUAUGGGACAAACUUUCAGACCUCUUUCCACAUUGAUAUUAUAUAUACAAAAAGUGUGUUUUCCCUAUGGAGAAAGUUUAUGUUGUACAUAGCCUGUAAAUCUGGGGCUGCAGAGAUCUAACUGUCCAUGGUGUUAAAGGUAUAUAAAUGAGGUGGGAAAACAAAUAAUAAAUAAAUAAAUCCUUGUUACAUUGUUA